AGCUCAGCUCGUUCAGCAACAUUCCCAGAUCGCCGACACAUUGCCCUACUUUUCUCUGCUGCUGUCUUCCCGCAUCCUACGUGUCCACGACAUUCUGCACAUUGACUUUAACGGAAUCCGAAAUCAGACUGCGCCAACAUGCAAAAGCGCUACAAGACGAAAUUCCCUGUGGCCCGCAUCAAGAAAAUCAUGCGACUAGAUGAAGAAGUGGGAAAAGUUGCACAAGCGACACCUAUUCUCAUAUCAAAAGCUCUCGAACUGUUUAUGCAAUCACUUAUCGACGAGGCAUGUAAGGAAGCGCGCGGGAGGUCGGCGAAGAAAUUGACAACAGUGCAUUUGAAGCGAACCAUCAUGGACGUCGAAAAGUUUGACUUUUUGAGAGAUCUGGUCGAAGGCCUGCCAGACCCGUCAGAGACUGCUACGGAGGUCAAGGCGGAGGGAGAGGACAGCAAGGGACGGAGUCGAGGGAAAAAUAAAGCGGGAAAAGGGGGUAGUGCUGGAGCCCAAGGAUGAUCGUAGACACUUUUUUAGACGAACGCAGUGUGCGUGAUGUACAGUUUUAUAUCUUUAGCAUGAAUCCAAAAUACAUUUGCAAAGCUAUGUGGAUGCUCCCUGU